AUGAACGAUCACGUGGCAUUUCUCACCGCAGUGAUCGCCGUGCAACUGUAUUCCGCGUUCGACGAGAUUCGAUCGCUGUUGGUCGACGAAGAGUUGGCCGUCCACUUGCAGACACUUUCGGCAAACGCUAUCGGCGUGAUUAGCACGCUGCUGACGGCCGUGUACAGUGCCCGGUUGCGGCGAAUCCGAUGUACGCUGGACCGCGUCGAGCGUUCGCUACAGCAAACCGUGGCCGUUGACGGCGGCAACGAUAAUGACGGUGCCGUAAGCUGGCCAUUUGGAUACCGCGCCAGAGCGUCGCUGGCACUGGCCAUCGUCACGUUCGGUUACCUCAAGUACGGUCAACUAGCCGCGUCCAGUGGCGUCGACGCGAGCGCCUACGUCACGGUCGCCGUAACGUUGCUCCGGACCGUAUCGAUGGCCGGCCACUAUUAUGUGACUGUUAUGUUCGUGGGCCACGUGUACCUAGUGAAAAGGUCAGGACAUUUUUUGCAAACGGCUUUUAAAGGGGGCCAACUACACUGUACCGCGUCCGUGGUUUUCACGAUAACCUUUUAA